AAAAUGUUGAGGUUACUUCUUGCUGUUGCCGCUGCACGUGUAGUUUGUGCAAGUAUAGAGGAAGUUCCACUCCCACCAGAUAUUCAAAGUUGUUUUGACAGGCAGUAUAAAAAGGGUAAUUUGACAGUGCAUAUUGGAGAGAAGUUACUUUGGCAUUGCGUGCAUGGAUCGCUUUGGACAAGGGUAGGAGCAAGCGAGAAACAGAUGCCGAAAGUUGCCAUGAAAUGGUUUGCGGAUCUGAUACACACAAGCUACAGGGAAGCAGAAAAGAGACGUCGUACUCGACGGCAGGCAGUACGUCGCCGCCCUCCAGUAAGACAGCUGAGAAUCCGCCGAGAAUAUCGUUUACUAAGUGAUUUAGAGAGACGACUUUUUCAUAGAGCAAUAAAUAUGUUGAAAGCUGACAGGACUAUACCACCAAACAGAUUUGAUGCACUAGGUCGACUACACGAACUGUUAGGAGAAAGAGCUCACGACGGUCCUAAUUUUCUUGGUUGGCACAGAUUAUUCAUUAUAUUGGCAGAAAAUGCGCUAAGAGAGAAAGUUCCGUCUGUGACCAUUCCGUAUUGGGACUCAACACUAGACUUACAUUUAGUUGAUCAAAGAGCCUCUCUGAUAUGGACACCAGAAUUCAUGGGAAAUGGAAACGGACGUGUGAAAACAGGACCAUUUGCUGGAUGGGCAACGCCGUAUGGACCUUUAAUGCGAAAUUUUGGUGACGGCGGUACCAUGAUGAAUUGGACCAGUAUCCGUGAUACAUUUAGUAAAAGUCAUAUAGCUGAGAUAACUCAUCCACAAGCAGAGCCUAUAGCUAAUAUUGAAGAUCACCACGGAGAACCGCAUCUAUGGGUUGGGGGCCACAUGGCACCUCAAGCGCUCGCCGGUUAUGACCCGAUAUUUCUUCUUCUCCAUUCAUUUAUAGAUCUUAUCUGGGAACUUUUCCGUCGUAUUCAGAGGAGACGUGGUAUUGAUCCAACGACAGAUUAUCCAUUUAGUGACACCGGUCCGCCUGGACACGAAUAUGACGAUCCAUCUGGUUUUGGUAAUCUUCUAAACAGACAUGCCCUAAGUGAUAUUUUCACAACUGAGAUGUACACAUAUCAGCUACCGCCUACCUGUUCAAACGAAACUCCGACAUGUGGGUCUCGUUAUAUCAGAUGUGACACAUCUGAAGACAGACCAAAGUGUGUAGCGGCGUCAUUAUUUGAUACCCCACCAGAUGAGGUAUUUGAUGUAAAUGAACUGACUCCAUUAAGGAAAAGAAGGAAUGCUCCGAACACAGAUAAUUUAUUUAUUCACAAUGAUAAACAUGUCAAUACAUAUAUGCAGCAAAUAGAAAACGCGGUUGACGUCAAAUGUCAAAGGGAAAAUAUCAACGAUCAAUAUGUAAAUAACUUUAAUAUAAAUGGGGUAACAAAUAGAAAUCUAUGGUCUUAUCUUCCGUUAAGCAUUUUUGUUAGUAAAGAGACAAGACAGCAAAGAAAACAGAAGAAAGCGAAGGCUGCGGUUUAUCCAAAGUGCGAUAAUAACGACCUUCCUUUGAGUGUAUAUGUCGAGUCAAAUGGACUGAACUACCAAGGUCUAUUUAAAGAUAUCGUCCAUAUCAAAAAUGACGUUUCAGUAACGUCAUCAAUGAUGUACAUUGCUAUAAAGACACCCGAUGUGAAACCAUCUGAGGUACUACUUUCUGCAUACGAUUCUUGCGGGAGGAUAUGCAAAAUGUUCUGUCAAAGUAGUUCUUCGGGCUCAUAUAGGCCAUGCCAAGGUGCGCUGCGUGUGGACAACAGAGCACCACAGAUACUUGGAAAUAAUGCUAAAGCUGUCUCAAAAUCACACUGGAUACAAAAUGAAUUUGGCGUUCCAGCACUAGACGAAUCAAAAAUAUUUGUGAAAGUUGUCUGUGACAAUGGUCUUGGAUGGCCGUGGAAAGAGCAUUCAAAUUCAAGAACUAUUUAAAUUUUAGCUGAUGCGAAGUAAAAAAUCAAAAUUAUUAACAAAGAUAUAAUCGCACAGACGUAAAUUUUAAAACUUCCGGUCCAUUCAACACGUAUUCCACAUCUCCAAUAUUUCUGACUGACUGCUCUGUUUCUGUACUGCCAUGUUUUUAUGUGAUAUAUAAUUUUCAAAUCUA